AUGCUCGAUAAGAACGAACUCGCCACGCUACUUCCCGGAGUCGAUGUCAAGAUACCUUCGGAAGGCGACGACGUAACGAAAUAUAUCUCCCGCUGGAGCAAUACUCGACUCUCCCUUCCCGCCGCCAUAAUCACGCCGGUAACCGAAACGGAUAUCAUCAGUACCAUCCACUUCACCUCCGCCCGGAAAGAAGAAAAUCUGAAGGUAAUCCCUACCGGAGGCGGCCACGGCACCUUCGUCCCCAUUGACAGUAGGACUCUCUACCUCGACCUCCGGAACUUCAAGUCUAUCCAUCUAGAUGAGGAUGCAGAGACAGUGACUUUCGGCGGUGGGGUGGUUAGUGGAGAGGUUCUGAAGUAUUUGGGGGAGAGGGGUUGGUAUACUAGUGUGCCUAAUUCUAAUGCUGUGGGUAUGGUGGGGUAUGUGCUUGGGGGUGGGAGUUCGCCGUUUAAUGCUGUCAAGGGGUUGGCGAUCGAUAAUCUUAUUAUGAUGCGAGUAAUUACUGCUGGCGGGGUGGUGGUGAAGGUGGGUCCGGAGUCUGUUGGCGAGGAAGCUGAUCUGUUUCGUGCACUCUGUGGUGCUGGCUUCGGGUUUGGGGUGGUGGUGCAAGUUACGCUCAAGACGUGGAGGGUGGAGAAUCUAGGAAUGCAGGAGGAUAAGGUCUGGACCAGGAAACUCAUCUUCCCUCCUACUGCUAUCAGGACUGCAGCAGGGACAUUUGUGAAGAUACAGAAACCUGAUGAUCGGAUGGUGGUGGUUCUCCUGCUCAUGCGUGCGCCGCCUUCGGCUCCCAGACCAGGCGCGCCAAUGAUCAUGCUAAACGCCAGUUUCUUUGGCCCUGUUACAGAUGCUGAGGAAGCCGCAGUGGCCUUGUUUGACGAGAGCAUAACUUCGCAGGCGAUCGUGGCGGAUACUGGAGCCGUGUCUGUGAGCUCAAUGAACGAUUUCUCUGCUCCACUAGAUCGCCAUGGGGACUUCAAGGAAUUCUACUCGGCUUGGUCCCCUGGACUGUCAGCGGAAACGAUCGUGACGGCCUUCGACCGCUGGCUAGCCUUCGGCGAUGCGACACCAGAAGCCAAAGCCGCAAGUUUCAUGGUCUUCGCCGCCAAAGGCACGAAAGCGAUGCUUGAGCAUGAUCCCGAAAGCCAGAAGUUCUUUCCACGGCCUCUGCGAAGUCGUAAUGUUUUCGUGCAAGCGGUCCCGUGGUGGACGGCCGAGAAGGCGGAGGACUCAUCUAGAACCUGGGCAGCGGAAACGAUGGCUCUUGUCAACGCGCCGCAGCAUGAUCGGCUUGUUGAAGGAAAUGGACUGGCUGAUCGUGAUCGGCUGACUGCUCAUGCUGCGAAUCUCAGCAAGGGGAUCGAUCUAAGCACAACGUGGGCUACGUCGCAGCUGAAGGAGAUCAGGAGGAUCAAGGGCAUUUGGGAUGCUGGGAACCUGUUUUGGAAUCCUAUUGUCGACGGAGUGUGA